AAGCUGUCCGUGUAAGAAGUCAGUAGCUAGAGCCGGCCCUGCACUUCAUAAGACGCCGCUGACCAGCGCUGACUGGGCAGCUGACCGGGCCGUAAGGCCCACACUGGCCCACCCGCAAGCAGUUGCCCUCAGCCGCUGCCUGCAUGCCCGGGCGCGUACAUGUUAAAAUGACACUAGAACAGUCGGGGCCGACCAUCCUCGUCCCAAGGCUGUAGGUGCGGUGUUGGGGAGGCGAGCGAAGGUCCCCACGGUGCAGCUCCGCCCGCUCCGCCAAGGGUGCCUCUGGCUCCGCGCGUCUUCAGCUCGCGAUCGCGUUCCCUCAGCCUUUCACACGUUCUAUCAUCAAGGCAAAUAGCUAGGGUAGCUCCAUUUGCAUCAAACUCAUAGUUUACAUGCCUCAGUUCGCAAUAGGGCACUUUAACAUAAAGCGGACAGCUCGGAUCUAACUUGCAUCACGCGCGUCUUGAGCUCGAUGCAAGUCUUCCUGGCUCAUAGCGAACGUUUCUAGCGUGACAUAUCAGGGUGCAAUCAAUGCUAGACCGCACGGGCUGUCGGAAACUGGCCAGAUUCUAGAACGAUGCCGCCAAACCUGAGGCCUCUCCCCAAGCCGCUAGUCGAUAAGAUUCGAACGGGGGUCACUCUUAAUACGGUGCCGCAAGCGGUGGUGGAGCUUCUCUGCAACUCGCUGGAUGCCGAGGCACGGACGGUGCUCAUCAAGCUCAACGCGGCGACGCUGUCCUUCACAGUGGAGGACGACGGCUGUGGCAUAUGCAGCGAGGACCUGGAGCUGGUGGGGACGCGGUAUUACACGUCCAAGCUCCGGAGCCUUACUGACUAUGCGGCCGGCAUCCUCACGUUGGGCUUCCGAGGCGAAGCAACUAGCGGCCUGGCCAGCAUCGCUGCUGAGCUGGCCGUCACGACACGUGCGCGGGGCCGCUUUGAGACUCUGAGCAAGGUGCUGCGCAACGGUGGGGCGGAGACGCGCAGUGGCCCCAGCGCCGUGGCGCUGACGCACUGCGGCACCGUGGUGGUGGUCAAGCGACUGCUGUACAACCAGCCUGUCAGGCAGCGCCAACUAGCUGCACAGCCCCGGGAAACUGAGGCGGAGACCAUCCAGGCCGUGCUCCGCACGGCGCUGCCGUUCGCGGCCACUGCUGUGACGCUGGUACGUGAGCCUGCAGGCCAAGUGCUGCUGCACCUGCCAAAGGGCCGGGACAUGCGGGAACUCUUCAUGCAGCUGUGUCCCGAACAGCCGGCGGCCGCGCUGCCCUGGAUGAGUGCCUCAGCUCCUGUGCCCUCCUCUGGCAGCAGCAGUGCCGCUCCAGUGGCAGUAGUAAACGGCACAGUCCGUACACCUGCGGCGACUGCAUCAGCCGGCGGCGGCGGUGGUAGCACUGGCAGCACCAGCAGCGGCAGCAGCUACACCGUCCGUGCGCUGCUGGGCAGCCCUGCAGCCGCCUACCCGCACCCCCAGCACCAGUAUGUGUACGUCAACCGCCGCCACGUGCGGCACCCGCAACUGGCCGCGCUGCUCAACGCCCACUUUUUGCGCGCGCACCUCAAGGCCGGCCACCACCUGCUGGGCGCCGGUGGUGCUGCUGGCGGCAGCAGCGCUGGCGGUGCUGGCGCCGGCGGCCCCAUCCGGACCAGCAGCGUGCGCGCCUUCCCCGCCUUCCUGGUGUGCAUUGAGUGCCCCGCCUCGCACUACGACGUGACGUCGGAGCCGGACAAGAGCGACCUGGUGUUCCGGCAUCUGCACCUGGUCAGCGGCCUGAUGCGACAGCUGGCUAACCAGGCGUGGGGCGGCAGCGACGGCUGCGGCAGCGGCAGCGCCGCCGGCUGCGGCAGCGGUGAGGGCGAGGUGGGACAGGUGGCACCGGGGAGGGAGGCGGAGCGCGGAGGUGGUGGCGAGGCCGCUGCCGCCGCCGCCGCCAUCGCAGCAGGCGGCGGCAGCGCCGUGCCAGCAGGGACCGCGAGGGACGGUAAGCUACAGCGCUCGGGCUGUGACAAGCAGCAUGCAACGCCGGGUGGUGCAGCACUUGGGGCGUCGGCUGGCAACGCCGCCGGCGAGCUGCUGGAGGAGGAGACGUCCCCGACGCUGAGCGGAGCGCUUGCAUCCCUCCGGGCAUCUGAGGGAGCCAUUCGCAGUGACGCAGCAGCAGGGGCGGCGAACGGAGGCUUGAAGCAGCUGGGCGCCGCCGCCGCCGCCGCCGCCGCAGACGGACCGCUGCGUGGGCUGCUGCGCUUGCAGUCUACGGGCCGGGCUGCGGCUGUGGGCAUGCAGUCCAAGAGCCUCAGUGUCGCGGCAAUGGGCGCACUGGCGGCGGAGACACGUGGGCCACGCCCGGUGGAUGACGCGCCGGCAGCAGCCCCGGGGCUCACUGCACAGCCGCCACACAGCCUUUCGGAGCCUGCCGGCACGAGAAUCUUUGGCGGCGAAGAGGACGUCCUGGGCCCUGCAGCGGCGGCCGCAGCCGCAGGCGACGCCUUAGACCGGACACCGCCUCCGGCGGGCCUCCUUGCAACCGCUGGCCUUCGCGGUGGUGUUCGAUUCGACCUGGGCGACACUUCCGGAGGCAGCCCAGUGGAAGUCAGCCCUGGAGAUGCUAGCACCGAGAUGCGGGUGGAACACCAGCAGCAGGUGAACCCGCCUGACUCCAGCCCCUUGCCGGACUUCAGCCCCGGUAUGCCAUGGGAGCUCUCUGGCGCCAGAUGCGAUGAUGGCAUGGCGGCCAUGCGCGAGCGCCAGCGGACCGGUGCGGCGUUUCUUAACAGCGGGAGCGGCGGCUCGCUGCCGGCAGACUUUGUCGGCGGCAUGUCUCCAAUUGACUACCGCGAUGGGGCCGUGCACGUGGACAGCGCUGCCCGACCCAGAUCUCUGUGCACGCCUGGCAGCAACUAUGAUGCGUUCGGCGCUCCGGUUGCCGACGACUGCGGCACCGGUAGCACUGGAAGCGAUGGCGAUUGCCCAUGGCUGACGGAGGACGGCAUGGCGCACGCCGCUGGCCGCUGGGCUGAUGGCAGCGGCCCUGGCGCGAGCGGCGGUAGCAGCCCAUCAUGCCGUGCGUACGUAUCGCCGCUUGCGUGGAGCUAUGAUGCGCUGGAGGGCUCGGAAGAUGGCGAGCCGCCAGCCCGCAGCUGGGUUGCAGAAGCGCGUCAUGCACCACGCCAAGCAGCAGCAGCAGCAGCAGCAGCAGCUGCAGCUGCAGCGCGCUUUACUUGCGGAUACGGCAAAGCUAGCCGGUGGGAGGGUGGUCCCGCCCAGCACGAUCCUGACUGGGAAGAGGGCCUGGCUUCACGGCCGGAGAUGGAUGCAGUGGAUGAAGAAAGCUUCGACGGGUGUGCGGCAGGCAACGCAGGAACUCGAAUACACAGCACGGCUGCUGUGAGUAGGCCGAUUGGCGAGGAUUUGGUGGAGGCGCCGGGCUGGCCCCGCCGCGGCGCCGACGGCAGGAGCACAGUGGGCCUUGCCCGCGGCGGAAGCAUUCACAUGGGCAGCAACGCCGCCGGCUCUAGCCGAUUCACACCCUCGGGCAUGCAGCAGACCCUUGACGCCGCCUUUCCCGUUGAUGAGGACGACCUUGGCGGUAGCGGCAGCUGGGAGGGGCAUGUCGCUUCAGCAGCGGCGGCGGUUGCAGAUGCUGCAGCGGCCGCUGACGCCCGUGUUAUGCGUCCCAAUGUUGGGCCAAACCUGACUGCUGCUGGCGGCAUGGGUGGCUUUCUGCGCAGCCUGUGCGAUCAGCCGGAGCUCGCGUCUACAGCAGCAAGCAGCAAGGGCCGCGCUGCUGCGGACCUCCGCCGCGCGGGUACGCGUUCGCGUGGCAUGCCAGCCAAAGGCGCCGAUGCGACGGCUGACACCGCAAAGCCGCCGGCGGAGACGGAUGUCAGGCAACAAUGGCAGAUGCCCGUUCUCGUCGGCGUGCCCAUAGCCCCUUCACCUCUUCAGGACACGCCAGCAGGGCCCAUCGAUGCGACAGCUGCUGCGACAGCCGGCGCUCAGAUGGGCAUCCAGUUGCAGUCACAGCACACGCUCGGGGGCAGUCCACAGGACGCAGGCACUGGAAUCCCGCCGUCGAGCAAUGCGCACGAUGAGCAGCAUGCAGAACCAGACUCACUGUCACCGCUGGCUCGUUUCCUCAGCUUUGGCAACAUCGCGGGCUGUGCGACCACGCCACAGCCCUCCCCGCCACCACAGCAGCCGCCAGUACCACCAGCCCCCGAGGCAUUGCCUGCGGAGACCACAGACGCACCCGCAGCUCCACCGUCACCAGCUAUCACCGCCACUGCCAAGGGGUCAGCACCGGCGGCGGCGCCAGGUCCCGUCGCAGCCGCUGGCAGCUCAGGCACUGCCCCGGCGAGCCCGAAGCUGCUGGCCGGCCUACUAGCCCCGGGUGGAUGCACCACGCCGAGCACCCGCCCGGCACGCUCCCCCUUACGGCGGCUGGUGAGCAGCGCACCGCCGCAUGCCAAGAAGCGCACGCGAUGGGUGCACGGCAAGCCGGCAGACCGCCUGGCAGCGGCUCGUUCAAGUAUCACCGGCGCACAACGGGGACUGGCAGCUGCGGAUCAUGGACGCAGCGCCGCGGAUGCAGCAGCGAUACAGAGCAAGGCAGUGAAUGCCGGUCCUGUGCAGCUUGUUGGCGCCCCAGCGUCAGCAACACGCGCCUCAGCCUCCAGCAGCACCCCGCCGGCGGUUAGCGGCGGCGCUACUGCAGCAGCCAUGCCGGCGGCCGUAGGGCAAGCCGGUGCCGUUGUGGCCACCACGGCUGGGCAGGCUGCGGCCGCACCACACACUGCCGCGGAAUGGAAGCCAGGUGCGCCGCGGCCGCUCUGCGCCUUUUUCCGCGGCUCGGCCUCCUCCGGCCGCCGCCAGGCCGCACAUGCGCCGCCAGUAGUUCACCAGCAGAAGGCUGAUGAGGUUGCGGUGCAGACUCAGGUGGCCAGGCAGAGGUUGGCAGCGCAAGAGCAGCCAGAGCAGCAAAAGCAGCACAGUCGCGAUGUGGGCGGCCCAGUCCUGCCAUUGGCGGACUUGUCCAAUGCGGAGAGCGCCCCACUAGCGACAGGGAUGAAGCCAGCGGGGUGCAGCGGCAACACCAUUUUGCUGGCAACAGCAUUGCCAGCAGUGCCCCCGCCCCCGCCUAUGCUGAAGCGCGUCGCCGCGCAGCAACAGGAGGAUGACAGUGGCGACUUAACGGACGCCGUAGCGCGUGCGGUCGUAGCCAACGGCGAGGGCAUGGCACGAUGCCGGCACGUGUCACUUGGAAGCCGGCCGAAUGGCAGCAGCGCAGCUGAUGUUGGCAGAGUAUCGACCGAUCCAAUUCCCACGCAGCAAGAGUCACUGCCGCCGCAGCCGCCACCAGCCACCAAUCAGCGCGCCGUGCGGCUGCCGCCAGUGCCCGCUCCCCGCGGCAUCCUUAAGAAGCCCCGGCCUGCGCCACCCUCCGCUGCGCCAACCCUGGUGCUGGGUGGGACUGGUGUGGUUGGGGCCCAGGUUCAAGAGGGGGAGCGACCAGCCAAGCGCGUCCGGUGGAGUCUGCCGCCGCCGCCGGCACCUGAUGCCGCCGCUGAUGCCGAUGACGGAGGCGAAGACGGCAGCGGUGCUGCUCCGCCUGUGGUCCUGCGCAUGAAGCGCUGGGCGCCCGCUGUGACAGCCGGGGGCAAUGUUACAAGCACAGGCGGCGGCGGACCACUUGCGUCCGCCGCCUCUCUCCACCACGGCCGGCGGCCUGCAGGCCGUAGGCUUAGCGGUGACGCGGGCGCAGGUUAUGCGCUGCUGCCUGAGCAUGACGCAGCGGUGGCAGCUUCUGCGGCAGCGGCCUCGUCCGUAGCCUUCGAUGUGGAUCCCGAUGCGCCCGCGCCGCCUGCAGCAUCCGCAGCAGCGCUACUGGCGAGCGCGCUUGCGCCUAGUGGUGUAGUUGGCACUCCGCCGACGCCAACCCACGCCCAACCUGCCAGCAAAGCGCCGCACGUGCAGCUGCAGCAGGCCUUCAGCAGCUCGUCGCCCUUCGCACGGGCUGCAGCAGCUGCGGCCGCGAUGCUCCCGCCGCAGACUGCAACGCCGUUGCCGUCACUCGCCGCUGCGCGCGUCUCCUCCCCUUUUGCGGCAGCGGCGACCAUCGCAGCCGCCGCGAUGUCCACUGGUAGCGCAAGACAGCCUUCAGCUGCGGCCGCAGGUGCCGCGAACGACGUGGCGGGUCGCGCUGCACACGCAACCGCAGGCGGGGCACCACCCGAUGGCCUCACACCACCAACAGCAGUGCCAGCGCCGUGGCCGCUGGCGCCGACGCUGGAGGCGCGGCUUGAGGCGCCCAUCCUGGACCUGGAGCGGGACCUGUUGCGGCUGCAGGCGCCGCACGAGAGGCUUGUGCCGGCGGAGGUGGCGCGUAGCGGCCUGGCGACGGGAGCUACUGGCGGCGCGCUGCGACAGGUCGAGGGCAAGUUCAUCCCCACGGUGGGCGCCGACGGCAGCCUGCUGGUUGUCGACCAGCACGCCGCCCACGAGCGCGUGCGACUGGAGCAGCUCACGCAGGCUCUGACACUCGGCCGGGAAUCGGGCGCCGGCAGUACAGGGCGGCCACGCCUCGGCAGCAGUGGUGCCGCUCAGCAGGGCCCUGCCGCCUCCGCAGCAGAGCGCAUCGCUCGAGUGGACGCGCUCUGGCCGGGCUCGGCCCCAGCAGGUCUGCAUGGCGGCAGGUAUGCGGCGGCGGGCCUGUCCCGCGCUGCGCUGCCGCCUGCGGAGGAUGCGGCACUCCUGUACUCACAGCAGCUGUCGCCGGCGGUGCCGGUGCGGCUGUCGGUGCAGGAGGCGGCCACGGCGGAGAAGCACCUGCAGGUGCUGGCGGAGUGGGGCUGGCAGCUGGCGCCUGGUCGGGCGGUGGCUCCGGCGGGUCCAGCAGCAGGUGGUGACAGCACAGGCAGCGUGGGCAUUGGCGGCAGCUUCGUGCCGCCACCGGCAGCGGUGCUGGCACCGCAGGAGGAGACGCACCAGCUGCUGCUCGCGGUGCCAGUCGUGUGCGGCAUGGCGCUGACACCUGCGGACCUGCGCGUGUACCUAGGCCAGCUACACGAGACGGGUGGCUCGCGUCUGGCGCCGCCUGCCGUGCUGCGCCUGCUGCGCAGCCGCUCCUGCCGCACCGCCGUCAUGUUUGGCGACCCGCUCAGCAACCCGCAAUGCGGCCGGCUGCUGGCGGCACUGCGUGCCACAGCGCUGUGGACGCAAUGCGCCCACGGCCGCCCCACCGUUGCGCCACUGGUGCACCUGCCCACGCUGCGUGCGGUGCUAGGGCGCCGGCGCGCGGCACGGGAGGCUGUGGUGGCGGCGGCGGCAGGAGGUGCCGGUGGCGGAGGGACUGCGAGCAGCGGUGGGGGCGCUGGUGCUGGUGCUGGUGGCAGUGGCUUGGCUGGGGAAGGCGACGGGGGUUAUGCAAAAAGGCGGCGUUUGAGCGUGGGGGGUCUGCGAGCUGCGGUGGCGGCUGGUCGAAAGGAUAACAAGUCAAUCUGAGCAUGAGCUGGUACUGGGGAACGUGUGGGUACGUGACCUGGCAUGUGAACAUUCUCCGGUUUAAGCGCUGCAAUUCAUAUGCACGUGAACACAAACGGUCAUGACUGGGCGACGCGCAAUUGAUUUGAUCAGUACUAGCAUGCGUAGCCCCCGCACGGCUGCGCGUAGUGUACAUGG